AUGGUUAGGAUUUCCGAGGCUAUCAAGGAGGACCACCGGUUGCUGCGGGAAUAUCAUGAUAAGAUCAUCAAUGCGGGAGAUGAGGAAACGGGAACCCGUUGGGGUAACCAGUUCACGUGGGAACUCGCCCGUUAUACAGUAGCGGAAGAGCUUGUUGUCAAUCCAGCUCUUGAAAGCUAUAUGGACCAUGGGAAGAUCAUGGCGGACAAAGAUAGAAGAGAGCAACAGGAGAUCAAGGAACAAUUGUACAAGUUCCAGAACAUGUCCGCUCAGGACCCAGAGUUUCGCCCGACGCUGGACGGCAUCAUGGAACGUUUGAAUAAACAUAUUCACGAAGAAGAGGAGGAGGACCUAGCGUCCUUGGAGUCUGUCAUUCAGCUAGAUGAGUCUGAAUCUUUGGCAAAGAAAUUCAAGAGGACCAAAAUGUUCGUGCCAACCCGCGCUCACCCGCAUGCUCCUAAAAUUACGACGUUUGCGUCCGUUGUGAGCUUUUUGGAAGCUCCUCUCGACAAGCUUGAGGAUAUGCUGAGGCGCUUUCCCGAGGAGGAGGAUGAGUAG